AGACAAGUUUUGUUCAAGAAGGCACUGUUUCCAAAAGUUAGUAUGAUUCCCCCUGGAAUUUUCUAAGGCGACUUACCUUGGCUUUGAGAAGCAUCUCACAUGAUUUUUUCAGCAGAAACCUUGCUGCUUAUUUCUCCAGUCAAAUAUGUGAAUAUAAAAAUGUGUUUAAUUUUAGAAACAUGAUACUUUCAGUUUGUGCAAUAAUUGACAUUCUCUGGCUGACAUACAGGGAAAUUACAUUAAAACGUUAUUUAAUUUCAUGAUAAAGGCAUAAAUUUAAUUCUGCGGCAAGUAGUUAAAAUGUGCCAUAUGUAAUAUAGCCAGAGUAAGGCCAUAAGCCAAAAAUGGAAUGCAUUAAAGCCCCAGGGCAGUUAUAAAAAUGCUUGAAGAGGGAAAAAAAUCUUUACCUCCUACCCAAGGAAUAGAACAUGUUGUUUGGCGAGCAGGGGUGGGGGGCAUUGCUGCAGAUGGGGAGGGUGCAGUUACUGAAAUGGCUCUCUUGCUUGUAGCCACCCACCUCUUGUGUAGGAGGGACCCCUGUGAGAAUGCUGAGGGAAGGAUCUUGGAGUCCAGGUGUCUUGAGUGGCUCUUGAACAACCUGAUGACCCACCAGAGUGUGGAACUCCUCAAAGAACUCAGCAUAAACCUCAUGAAACAGCUGAUUAGUUCCUCUAACCUGUUUGUCAUGCAAGUGGAGAUGGACAUUUAUACUGCUCUAAAGAAGUGGAUGUUCCUUCAGUUGGUGCCUUCUUGGAAUGGGUCACUAAAACAGCUUUUAAGUGAAGCAGAUGCCUGGUUUUCCAAGCGCAGGAAAGAUUUUGGGGAUGGCAUCUCAUUCUUGGAAAGUGAACAAGGAAAUGCAUUUUUAACAGUGUUCAGACAUCUGAGGCUGCAGUAUAUAAUCAGUGAUCUGGCAUCGGCAAGAAUUGUUGAGCGAGACAGCCUGAUCCCUGCAGACUGGCUGUCCUCUGUUUACAAACAGCAGUGGUUUGCCAUGCUCAGAGCAGAACAGGACAAUGAUAUUGGGCCUCAAGAGAUUAAUAAAGAGGAACUAGAAGGAAACAGUAUGCGGUGUGGCAGAAAACUUGCCAAAGAUGGUGAUUAUUGCUGGCGAUGGACAGGCUUCAAUUUUGGCUUUGAUCUGCUGGUCACAUACACCAAUCGUUACAUCGUCUUCAAACGCAACACACUAAAUCAGCCCUGCAGCGGCUCAGUCAGUUUGCAGCCCCGGAGGAAUAUUGCUUUCAGGCUGCGACUGGCUUCUUUUGAUAGCAGUGGGAAACUUAUUUGUAGCAGAACUGCCGGAUAUCAGAUACUAACCCUCGAAAAAGAUCAGGAACAGGUAGUGAUGAAUUUGGACAGUAGACUGCUGGUCUUCCCUCUGUAUAUCUGUUGCAACUUCCUGUAUACUUCCCCAGAGAAGAGAAAAGAAAACGAUGGACAGUCAGAUAACCUAGACAGCUGAGAGUGACAUUUGAAACUUCUUUGCAUGGUUGCUUUAACUUGGAAGCUCCUGAUGCACUGAAAGAAAAAUAUCGAAAUGGCCUUAUAUACUGAAGCAAGGGGGAGGGGAAACUAUGAGAUUCUACCUAUGUCAGAAUACAAGCCCCAGCAACUCCAGCUGGUGUGACUAACUAGUGAGGUAUGUUGAGAGCUGUAGUUUUGUGACAUUGUGAACCACAGGUUCCCCACCCCUGCCGUAGCAGAUAAAUGCAACUUCCACCUCAUGUCUAUACAUUCCUAUGCAUAUCUGAAUAGCUGAAACUACUUAUGAUGACCUCUUUUUUCCUGCGAAUUCUCAGCCCCAGAGAAUGAUAAAUAUGAGGAUUACCACCAGAUUCCUGACAGUACAGAAAGAAUUUAAACACAGUUCAUUAACUGGGCUUGCUUAAUUAAAGGGAAUAGGAUGAUACAUCUAUAAAGCCCGUGUUAACUUAAGUGUAACAUACUAUUUUUAUUUUAUGGCCUCUUGAUUUGUUCUUCUGACCAAGCCCUUCAUUGUUAAGGGUCAGUUAUUGCCUUGGUGAAAUCUCUUUGUUUCUGGAUUGCUUUUAAUUCAUUAUACUUGUAAAUAUUUCCUAUUGAGUUGAAGCCUUUCUAUAAUAUAUCUUGUUUUGUUUUCAAGAAAUAUAUAUUUUUAAACAUUGGAUGUAUUUUUAAAGUCAUUCUGUAGAAUCUGGCUGCCUCAGUUCAGCAUUUUUAAUACAUCAGAACUCAGACCCAUCAUUUCGUUAUUGGAUAUCUGUUUUUACUUUUUUACUUUUUGUUUUUUGACUUUAAGCAAAAAAGCACUCCCAAACCAUGAAGUGACUGAGCAAGUCUCUGCUAGUCAGGUGGCCAAGUCCACCCCCAAAGAGAAAAGGGGCUGUAGCUGAGAAUUGCAUUUUGACCCCUGGGGUUUCUCUGACACUUCUACUCGGUUGUCAGAAGGGCCAACCGGGUGAAAUUCUGGAUCCUAUGUAGCUUUAAAGGCACUGAAGUUCCAUGUGUCUGCAUAUACACACAGCACAGCAACAUGUCUCAGGAUUGCAGCAAAUAUCCUGUUGAAGCCAAAUGUACACCAAUACAAGCAUUUGAAAGCAUUUUAGUUACUGGAAUCAAACUCAGCGGGAAUAUAUAUCCCAUGUUCAGGAAUUUAGAACUUUUGAGUGCCUUUUGAGUUGUAUCUAUAUUUGAACACUUUCUUUACCUUGCUUAAGAUAGAUUGCUGUCAAAAACUGAAACGUAAAGAAUUUGUGUCUUGAAUUGGUGUUUCAAAAAUAUAAGUAACUAUUAAAACUGAUAUAUAAACUGUUAUUUGGUUUGUACAUACUUUUGAUGGUUGGGAUGGUUGUCCAUUGUCUAUCCUUACAUACCUGUUGGUAGCAUAUUUUUGUAAUACUUAAUGUGCUAUGAAGAUAAAAUAGCUUGUUCAGCACAGUGAAACAAUGACAAAUUGAAAAUAAACCAUCUGCAUUUUAGAA